UAAAAUCUUUCGUUGUAGCAAACCCUCCCCUCGCUCUCUCUCUCUCGCCCCCCUUGUCGAUCCACCUGCAUCUAUCUGUACUCUCGAGCAGCUCUCUCUGCAAACCACACAUAAUACAACCAAACAAAGACCACCAUUAUUUCGCAAGGGAUCAGAGUUUUCCAUCUCCAUCCACAAAAACAAUAAAAAUAUCUCCCUCUUAGCUUUCAAAUCUUGCAUUAUUGCCCUCCUCAAUGAUCAAUUGCUAAACCAACAAGAAAAAUGAAACAAAAAAACAUGGACACAUUUGUAGACAGACCCCAUCGAAGCAACAGCAACAAUAGCAGUAGCACUAGUAACAACAACAGCAACACCAGUGAGCUCUUUAUUUGUUUCACCUCACGCCUCUCUUCUUCCUCCAUGAAGCUCUCUUCAAAAUCUAUUCUCAGCCCUGGCCGUCACAGAGAUUCCUCACAAAUCUCUCUCUCUAACUCUCUCAGUAGAAGACUUAGAAGCAGUGGCAGCAUGAAAGGUGGACAAGCUUCACCAAUGUUCCCUACGAAUGGCAAAAAACGUGGCUGUGCUUUUGAGAAUCCAGAACCCUCUUCUCCAAAGGUUACUUGCAUUGGUCAAGUGAGAGUUAAGACCAAGAAACAAGGGAAGAAACUGAGGACGAGAUCAAAGAGAAGAGGGGAAAUAAGUUUUAGGAGAGUAGACCAAAACAGCAAUACUUUUGAAGGGAGCAACAAUCAUCAUGAUUUGAUAAACAAUCAGUUCUUGAAUCAGCAGCAGCAGCAACAGGAGGGUUUGUCACACAGGAAUCAAAGAUGGGUACAUUUUCCUGUGACAAUAUGUGAAGCUUUAAGGGCUUUUGGGGCUGAGUUUAAUUGCUUUUUACCUUGCCGGUCUUCAUGUAUGGCAAGUGAGAAAGAGAAAGAAGAGAAUACCGCUGCAGCAGGAUCUAAUAACAACGGUAGUAGUUCUUGUGGGGCGGUGUUUGCAAGGUGGUUAGUGGCAGUGCAGGAGGGAGAAGGGAAAGGGAAGGAGAUAGAGUUGGUGGUUGGAGAAGAAGUAGUAGAAGAAGAAAGAGAUGAGAGGAGGAGGAGUUAUAGGAGACAUAUUUUUGAAGAUAUUGAAUUUAAAGAAGAAGAAGGACAUGUUUUUGAAGGAGGAAAUGCGGGUUUGCAAGAAGAAGAGGCAAGGGUAAGUAUUUGUAUACCACCAAAGAAUGCUUUGUUGUUGAUGAGGUGUAGAUCUGAUCCAGUUAAAAUGGCUGCUCUUGCUAAUAAGUUCUGGGAAUCUCCUGCUCCACAAGAUGAAGAAGACGAGGAAGAAGAUAAUGAAGAGGGUGAAAAGGAUAGAAAUUUGGAAGCAGAAGUAGACAAGUUUAUCAAUAUAGAAAAUAAAAGUGAAGUUAAGGCAAGUCAAGAAGAGGAAAUAAAAGUUGAGCAAGAAAUUAUAAUUGAGCAGAAACAGGAUUUGACUGUGUCUGAUAAGUUGGCUUUUUGUGAAACUAUUGAAGAGCAUUAUCAAAUUAUUCAAGAAACUGAAGAAAGUUUGGUUAUUUUGGAAGCUGGAGAAGAUAGCCAAGAAAUUGGAAGCACAGAUGAUAAUACCGAUGGUGUUCUACAAGAAGUUAAUUUAGUGAAACAGGAAGAAGAGGAAUCGGAAACUCCAGGGGUCUUGAACUUGCAGCCAACAUCCUCAACACAAGAAACUGUUAGUCUAUGCAGUGACGAGUCUUCUUCACAUGAUCAAGAAAUUGUAGAUCCAGCGGCCUUGAUGAAUAACGAAAAUGAAUACAAGGUGGUUCAAGAAAAUGAGGAGGAUAAUCAAGAAGACAGGGUAUUCCAAGCAGAACAAGAGCAAGUUGUGCAAGGGCUGAGUGAUGACAUUGAGGAGAAUUCAGUGUCUGUACGGUUCGAACAAGAAACUUUACAAGUUGCUGUCCAAGACUUACAGGACCAAGAACCAGAGUCCCUUUCUGUAGCUGAAUUACAAGUACAGGAGACGGAGGAAGAGAAAGAGACCACCGAGAAUGAGACCGAGCUAGCAGAGGAAGAACCCGAAGACCCGAAGACCCAUGUAAAUGGUCAAACGGGUGUCAAGUCAAGGGAAGGAGAUAAUAGUCAACCACUUUUACCAGAUUGCUUGCUGUUAAUGAUGUGUGAGCCCAAGCUGUCAAUGGAGGUAUCCAAGGAAACCUGGGUUUGCAGUACAGACUUCAUCAGAUGGUUACCAGAGCAUUCAAGGCCAGUCAGCAAAACCAACGGUAAAGAUGAGCCCAAGAAAAGAGUUAGCAUCGACAUUAAGCCUGCGCAGGUGUAUAAUAAUGGUAAUAACAGCAAUAGCUUGCAGCAGCCACGUAGGUCCUCUUGUUCAUACCCGGCUAAGCCACCGGCUCGUUGUGCCGGGACAGAGUCCAUGUCCACAAUGAUAGAGCAGAAGCUGGUAGGAGCCAAGGCAUAUGAGCCGUUUGUUCUGACGCGCUGCAAGUCUGAGCCAAUGAGGUCAGCCUCUAAGCUUGCGCCAGAGGCUUGUUUCUGGAAGAAUAGAAAACUUGAGCCGCAUCGACCAGCGGCGACGCUUGGGGUCGGAGCGGCUGGGGUUGGGUUUUGAAGUCCAUGUUGUAUUGGUAACUGUAGUUUUUGUAGUUUUUUCAUACUGGUAGAGUAGUACUAGUGGUGCCUUUUUACUUUUUUACUGCUAUGCAUUCUUGUAAAUCUUGCUUUGAUAAUUUGAUGCAAUUUUUUUCA